CUCCAUCGACCUUCAGUCCAUCGUUUGCGUUUGUUGUGUUCACCUCGCAUCAAGCGCUUUGUUCACAAAUAAAAUUCGUUCGAAAUCAAAUUCUUCAAAUGAUAACGUACAAGAAAAAAGUUGGAUAGUUUUAUUUCAAAGUGAUAAUAAUAAAUUAAUUGAUUUAGAUAAUUUUAUUUUAAUAAUUUAAAUAAGAAGAGAAGAAAUAAGUAAAAAUGUUUGAUGUUUUUGGUUCGGUUAAAGGUCUAUUAAAGAUCGAUGCGGUUUGUAUUGAUAAUAACAUCUUUCGAUUGCACUAUAAAGUGACUGUGGUGAUUCUCGUGGCGUUUUCGUUGUUGGUAACGUCAAGACAAUAUAUUGGGGAUCCGAUUGAUUGCAUCGUCGAUGAGAUCCCGUUAAAUAUUAUGGAUACUUAUUGUUGGAUUUAUUCAACAUUUACGAUUCCGAAUCGUUUGACUGGGAAAGUUGGACACGACAUGGUACAACCCGGAGUUGUUAGUCACGUGGAUAAUAAAGAUGAUGUUAAAUAUCAUAAAUAUUAUCAAUGGGUUUGUUUCACAUUGUUUUUCCAAGCGAUGCUGUUUUAUAUUCCAAGAUAUUUAUGGAAAACAUGGGAAGGCGGAAGAAUAAAAAUGUUGGUUUUAGAUUUAAAUUGUCCGAUUGUUAAUCAAGAUUGCAAAGCUGAUAGGAAACGUUUAAUUGUUGAUUACUUCUCAACGAAUCUUCAUAUGCAAAAUUUUUAUGCCUUUCGAUUUUUUAUUUGUGAAGUUUUAAAUUUUAUAAACGUCGUGGGACAAAUAUUUUUUAUGGAUUUCUUUUUGGAUGGAGAAUUUAGCACUUAUGGAAGUGACGUUUUAAAAUUCACCGAGAUGGAACCAGAAGAACGCGAAGAUCCCAUGGCAAGAGUUUUUCCUAAAGUAACCAAGUGCAUAUUCCAUAAAUAUGGUCCUUCUGGAAGCGUUCAAAAAUUCGAUGGUUUAUGCGUUUUACCUCUAAACAUAGUAAACGAAAAAAUUUAUGUAUUCUUAUGGUUUUGGUUCGUUAUUUUAAGUAUUUUAUCAGGAAUUUCGCUCAUAUACCGAUUCGCUGUUGUAUUUGGACCAAAAUUGCGUUUGUAUUUAUUGAGAGCAAGGUCUCGUUUAACUCCACAAAUUUGUAUCGAAGCGAUUGGAAGAAAAUGUCAAAUCGGCGAUUGGUUUAUAUUGUAUCAAUUGGGUAAAAAUAUAGAUCCCUUAAUUUACAAAGAGGUGCUUGUUGAUAUCGCACAAAGAUUAGAUGGAAAAACCCAAGUUUAAGAAGAUGAUUUCUUGAAAAAAGAAUUUAAAAAAACUUUUUUUAUUUUUCUGUGAUGACAGUAAAAAAGAACUAAAAUUGAAACAAAAACAAGAUUAUAAUGAAAGACUGUGGUGUCGAUAAUAAUUAAUAAGCUCAAAAAAUCUCUUUAAUUACUAAGAGAUCUUUUUAGUAAAAUCAAAAAA